AUGGCCUCCCGCCAAUCCAAAAAACGCACCUCCAACCCCCCCCCUCGCUCCGCCCCAACCUCCACCAAGCGCUCCCGCCGCUCCCCCACCACCUCCGAAUCCAGCGAAAGCGAGCUCUCCGAGCUCGAAGAAGAGAGCAUGACGGUGCCCAACGCCGCCGCCGCCGACGACGACGACGACGACGACGACGACGACGACGACGAGGACACCGACUCGGACCCCAGCUCCUCGGAGAGCCCCGAGGAGCGCGAAGACAGUUACAUCUACGAGGACUCGGACUCGGCGCCGACGCCGGCGGCCGCCGCGCGCCGCAAGCCGACGCGUAAGAGCGGGCUGUCAAAGGUGUCCAACGCGCCCGUCGAGGACAGCAUCACCGUGCGCGGCGGCGGUGCCGGGGGCAAGAAGGGGCAGCAGCAGCAACAGCAGCAGCAGCAGCAGAAGGGGAAGGGGCAGCAGCAGGGGAAGCAGGGGGAUGCAGCCGCGGGGAGCAUAAAGCUGACGCUCAAACUUGGUAAAGCCGCCCUGCGCGCCGUGACGACGGACUGGACGCCGCCCCCGACUGACCGUGCGGCAGGACACGACUCGAGCAGCGAUGAGGAGGACGAGGACGAGGACGUGGACGCCGAGGGCGAGGACGACGACGAGGUUGAUGCCGAGGGCGAGGACGACGAUGAGGACGCUGAGGGCGAGGACGAGGAGGACGACGGGCUCAAUGACGAGGAUGCCGAGGGCGAGACGGACGACGAGGAGAUGGUCGAUUCCGAUGAGGAUGCGGACGGGACACCGGAGUUUAGGAGCAGGGCCGGCACCCCCGAUAUGAGCCGGCUGACGAAGCGGCAAAAGAGCAAGCUGGACGAGGUCUACAGCGCCGACUUGCUAGAGCUGCCGCCAGGCAUCGAGCGGCCCAGCGCGGCCAAAGCCAUCCCACUCACGGCGGACGAGCAGGCGCUCAAGCGCGCGGAGAUGGCGCGGCGCCGAAAGAACCUGACGGACCAGCGCCUCGAGGAGGAGAAGAUGGACACCAUCAACAAGCUGCUCAAGAAGCAGACGCCAAAGAUGCGGAAGUCGCAGGGCCGCCAGACGGGGGAUGCGACGCCGAACGAGGCGAACCCGGAGGGGGGCAUGAUCGAGGCGCCCCCGGCGCCGAAGAUGGUCAGCUGGUUGGCGGGGCCGGUGGGGAGGGUCUUUAUGCCACAAGGCGGUGGUGGGGGGCUGGUGCAGGAGGUGAGUGAGGGCGUUGUGCCCAUGGAGAUUGAGGCCUAA